CAACUCUCUUCCUAUUCAUCCUCCCCUUAUCUCUCCAUAUGCUUUCUCUGACCCAAAAAGGGAGACCCAAAUCAAGUACCUCACCAACUCAAUCCCACCCGCGCAUCCAUGCCACCACCACUGCCAUCGCAUGCCUGAGCCACACCACCAUCCAUAACAACAAGCAACUGCCUACCAACUGGGCACCAGCUCCUGCGGCCAAGCCUCACCGACGACCAACUGCUGCCUCCCAAGCAGCUACGCGACACCAGCGCAACAUUCCAUCCCGUCAGCCAGUUACCCGUCUUGCUGCUAACCUUCGCUCUUUUAUUCAUUUAACCUCAUCUUUAUUCUAUAACUUGUGUUCCUCCGUUUAAAUGUUGUUCUUCAAUUUCUUUAAUCCCAAAUCAAAUUAGGGCUUUACUAAAUUGAAGACUUUUAAUUGUUUCUUCAAUUCCAUUGACAUCAAAUUAAGUUAAGGUUAGUAAAAUUGAUGUCCUUUCACUAUUUUGCAACUUGACUACUAAGUCUAAUUAAGCUAGUUUCGAUACAGCCAUUGGAAUUUUGCUCAAUCACCAGAUAUAGAAAAGCUGCUCCUUCGUUAUUCGCUAUCUCGAUCAAAGUUCAUCUUGAGAUAGUAACAACAAAAAAGAUCACCGUUAACAACUGCCACAGGGUACAAUGACUGGAGCUUUAACACCUGCUUACCCAAUUUUAAUCCAAAGGCUCCGGCACAAUACCCAGAACCGGAUUCAUAUCAACUGUAUGGAAACUGAUACAUUCGCAUACCUUCCGUUUCGAGGUAACAGAAAUCAGGCAGUGCGAAUGAUGGUUACCCGUAGACAGUUAAACACUACAUUUUCAUUGGUGGCAAUAGUGACAAUCUAUCAGGGGAUGAUAUCAGAACCAGUUACAGCAGUGGAAAAAGCAGAUGAUAAACAAGAGGAUGAGGGUGUGUUGGACACAAUAAAGUCAUUGUUUGAUCCCAAUGAGAAAACAAAGUCAGGUAAAGUGUUGCCUAAGGCUUACUUGAAAUCAGCAAGGGAAGUUAUAAAGAAUCUUCGAGAGUCUUUAAAGGAAGAUCCAAAAGAUAAUGCCAAAUUUAGACGAACUGCUGAUUCUGCAAAAGAAUCUAUUAGGGAAUAUUUGAUCAACUGGAGAGGCCAGCCAGCUCUAACCAAGGAGGAAUCUUACAUAGAGCUGGAGAAAGUAAUAAGAUCCCUUGCCAGCUUUUAUGCAAAGGCAGGUCCAUCAGCUUCACUCAGUGAUGAAGUCAAGACAGAGAUCUUGCAUGAUUUAGAUAUUGCUGAACAAUUUUUGUAGCUGCACAUAUUUUGCCUUGUAUAGAAUUGGUCUCAGACUCUUUGUACACACUACUCUUUACUGAAAGAGCUGUAACCCUAAUCUCCUAUUGCACAUCUGCAGAUUCUCAUUGUUCGAACAUUCAGUCAGUAAUUAAAUAGGUUGAUUAUACAGGUAGUUACAGCAUAAUUGGCUGUGUUCUUC